CAGUUAUUUGGCUAAUCUCAAGUUUGUUGCCUAAGUCUUUCGUUUCUUUAUUGCAGCAUGCGUAUCUCCCAGCUGCUGCCUCAACUGUGGUUGCUCAUCUGUUGCCUGAUAUGUCUAAUACGCACAGCUGCUGCGCUCAAUGAGGCCUUGGCCACACAGCUGGCGGACGCCGAGGCGCAAGUUGCAGCAGAAUCGGAUUGGGAGGCUAAUGCGCCGCAUAUACGUAAAAAGCGUCUUGUUUGGAUUACGGACGAUGGGCGCUUGGCACUGCCACCGGGCACCUCGCUCACAUUUACGCCGACAAUUGCCAUGCCACUGGUACGACAUCCGCCUGAAGGCUUCUUCUCCAAUCUGACGAUAAGUUUCCCCGUGACAAUUGACUUCGAUAAGCUCGGACUGACGGACAAUCAGAACCCAUUAGGUGAUUUGCCUUUCUUCGCCAGAUCCUUUGGCCAUGGCGCAGGGCAAAUGGUUGGCGAGUAUGUCUCACGCUAUUUGCAUAUUCAGCGGCGCAAGCGUGAUCUCAGUGAGCAACGUAGUAGCUCCGAUGAGAAACCCUUUAAGGUGCGUGAGGAGCUGCUCAAUUAUCCAGAGCUUCCAGCUGGUCUGAAGCACAUAUUCCAUGGUGGCGAGCGGGUGCUGCUUUAUGGCGUCGUUGAGGAUUUCCUCGCCACCUUUGGUAUGGAUGGCAAGGCGUGUCUGCUGCGCACUAUCUGUGAGAUGCAUUCGCGCAGCUUGGACAAGUUUGGCGUCUUUGGCGAGAUGACAAAGCUCUUUCUCACGGUUACAAAGUCGCCUUUUGCCGAGCUCAUACCGGAGUAUGUGCGUGCACAGCAUGUGGGUGAAGGCAAGCAGGCGCCUGGUGAAUGUUUCCCCUACUACAAGGCCUGUCCCAAGAGCAUCUUCAAGGCGCUGGCCAACAAGUACAGUGCUCAAGCAAAGCCAAUGAAGGCAGCGAAGACGACGACGACGACUACGACGAGUACGACGACAGCAAGGCCUGCGGGUGAGUACCAGGAGCAGCAGGCCGUACUGCUGCCGAACAAUAAGGAGCAGGAUCAGCAGGAACAGGAGCUCAAUCGCAACGUGGUGUACAUGUGA